CAAUCAGGAAAGAAUCGACAUCACAUCUCCAUUUGCCUCAAGAUAUCGCUCUGUCUCGAGGGCUGCUGCAGUGUGUCUCGGCCCCUACGCACCACCAUCCGACACGAUUCGUUUUCCCCAGUCCAGUCGGAAACUAACAAUGGUCUUCUUGGGCCGGCCGUCAGAGGCGUGUUACCCCUGUCGCAAGGGAAGACUCAGGUGUGAUCGCCUGCAGCCCGGAUGUACCCAGUGCUCCCGAAAACAGAUAGUUUGCCCUGGCUACAGGGAUCCUUCGGAAUUCUACUUUAGAGACGAGACCGCCAACGCUGCUUUUAAGGUCCAGAAUAGGAAACCCAGGAGGCGUCUGCCCGCCAAAACGAAGCUGCAAACGCAAUCAGUGGCGGGAGCAGAUGCACAGAAGCAACAUACGAGCUCGAGCGGCACUCCAAUAGUGGCGGCCACACCAGGGCACGCCGUUGGGACUUUGGUCCAUCGCGGGUCUCCGUCAAGCUCCUCGUCCUCAACUCCACCGUCAGACGGUGAAGUGGUUCGCUACCGGUCACUCUCGUCGCCUAUCGAGGACUUAGCGCGCACAUAUUUCAUGACUGACUACAUAGCGACCUCGCCAUUUGAUUACCUACCUAAGCUCUGCCCCAAUGGGCUAACAGGAAACGAUGCCAUGUCGGCCUCCAUACUGGCUGCCAGCUUUGCCAGCCUAUCACUAAAGAUAUCGGACUCAAAACUCAUGAAGCAGGCUAGAGUCCAAUACGCCAGCGCGUUAUGUCAAACGAACCAAGCCCUGAGCUCAUCGAGACUUGCCGUCGAGGAUAGUACUCUGGCCGCCGUGCUUCUCCUGGGAUUAUUCGAAGCCAUCGUCUUUUCCGGGCAGCAAUCUAUGGAUAGCUGGAACCAGCACACGCUUGGAUCUGUAGAGUUAUUGCGCCUACGUGGAAGUCAGCAAUUCGAGACUGCCCUUGGCCGCAAGCUUUUUGUUCACUCUGCAAACAACAUCCGCACGAGCUGCGCACAUAGCAAAACGCCUGUCCCGACCCGUUUCAUAGAACUCUACGAUAAUGCACAGCCGUAUCUUGAUCACAACGAUCCUUUCCUCAAGGUCACCCCUGUCCUUGACCGGGUCGCCACUCUACGGUCAAGAAUAGCGGAUCUGCAGGACUCAGAAAGACAUGAGGUCCUUGUUGAAGCUCUAGACUUGGACACAGCCACAGCGAAGCUUGGGCAAGAGGUCUCGGCAGAAUGGAGGUUCACGGCAAGGGGCCCAGAUGAGAGGGCACCGAUGACAUACAAGGGGGUGUCUUUUCGCUAUCCUUCCCUUCGAGCAUUGCGGUACUGGAACUCCUUGAGAAUCAUUCGCAUGUUUCUCAACGACCUUAUCUGGAUGCAGACAUCUUUGAUACUUGUGCAGGGACCGACAUCAGCCAACGCGGGCUACCUUACAAUGCAGAAGCACGCGACGCGGAAAAUGUCAACUCUGGUGAUCGAGGUUCUCGCUAGUUGCGGCGAAUACCUAGAAGCCACCGAAGACCGGUUCUCUGUUACAGCAAGAUGCUUGAUCUGGCCAUUGUCAGUCAUUGCUGAGAUUCCCAUAACGCCCCCAGAUGCCCGACGCUUCGCUCUUGAUUGCUUGGACCGGCUGAGCCGCGAUGGCCGUGUUCCACGGCCGAUUGCGGUAGCAAAUACAAUGAUGGGCCUUCAGGCAGACUGGUCAGUAAUUGUCUCUUGUGUCACACUGCUCGGACCAUUCUUGUUGAGUUCUCGCCCAGGUUUUAUAUGUAUCUUCUUGGAUAAAACCCAUGAAGGCCUGUUUCGUUUCCAGUAUCGAGUGGUGAAUAACACAACUCACACACACACCAGAUAAACAUCGAUUGGAAGUACA